AUGCUUAGUCGCGUCCUGGGACCGGAAUUUGGUGGUGCUGUCGGGGCAGUGUUUUACCUCUCCCAAGUGUUUUGUGCCGCCCUUUACCUAUCCGGUUUUGUUGAGGCUGUCUGUGCGAACUUUGGCCCUGGAGGCGUUCUAAUCAGUGAAGGCCUUCCAGGCGUCAGCUAUUGGUGGAAAUAUCUUUAUGCAAGUUGUGCUAACUUUUGCUGCCUUCUGGUGCUGUGCGUGGGAAGUCGCAUGUUCAUGCGGACAAAUGUUCUUCUGCUUUUGCUCGUCUUUGGAGUGAUUGUGUUCGUCGCCUCGGGAUUCUUUCAGCCUGCCUUCGAUGUACCCGUACCACAAGUAAAUGGACUAGUUUACAAUCAUAGUAACCCAAAUCAGACCGUGGUCAUGGUUGCUUUCACCGGCUUCAAUGCUACCACAAUGAAAGACAAUCUAUUUGCCAAUUACACUCUCGAUUACGAAAGCGGUGGGCAAACGAGUUUCGUACUUCUAUUUGCCGUUCUCUUUUCUGGCGUUACUGGUAUAAUGAACGGGGCAAACAUGUCAGGCGAACUGCGGAAACCGUCAGUUUCCAUACCGAGGGGCACCCUUGCGGCAGUGGCUACCACCUUGUCUGUCUACCUCAUUCUCACCGUCCUAACUGCCGCCACUUGCAGUAGGCGUUUGCUCGUUGACAACUACUCGUACAUGCAAAGCAUCGCAUUCUGGCCACCGCUCGCAACCGUGGGCGUCCUCGCCACGACCCUCUCCGCGGCGCUGGGCAACCUGAUUGGGGGCUCGCGCGUCCUUGAGGCCUUGGCUGUGGACGAAAUCUUCGGCACUUGUCUCCGACCCAUGAAGUGGACAACCGCCGGUGGCAACCCCAUUUUCGCCGUUCUCUUCAGUCACUCAGCCGUUCAGCUGAUAUUUUUCAUCGGCAACAUGAAUGCCAUCGCACCGGCCGUCUCCGUCUUCUUCCUGCUCGCCUACGCCUCUGUCAACCUCGCCUGUGCCCUUUUAGACACUGCGUCUCCCGCCAACUUUAGGCAAGAUUUCGAGCCAACUUUUAAGUCGUUUAAUUGGGUGACUGCACUUUUGGGGAUGCUCGGGUGCCUGGCGAUGUGCAUCCUCAUCCAGCCCCUCUACACCCUCGGAGCCGUCGCUCUCCUCGCGACUCUCGUCUGCUGUCUGCACCGCCGCCGGAUGACCGUCUCCUGGGGCCACAUCGGACAGGCCCUCAUCUUCCACCAGGUGCGAAAAUACCUCCUCUUGUUGGAUGCCUCGAAGGAACACGUCAAGUAUUGGCGACCGCAGAUCCUCCUGCUCGUUGCAAGUCCCCGGUCGGCCGCUUCUCUUGUGCACUUCAUGAAUUCGGUGAAGAAGGGUGGCCUCUACGUUCUGGGCCAUGUCAUCUCGUCAACGCAGUCCGAACAAACUCACCUCGACACUGAUGAUCCCUGCAUCAUCGCACAAAAAAACCUGGUGAGCUACGUCAAAUGCUUGAAAGUGAAGGCCUUUGUCGAGGUGACGCUCAGUGAGGACAUCCGACUCGCCCUUGUCCACUUGGUGCGGAUCUCCGGUCUCGGAGCCAUGAAACCAAACACUGUCUGCCUCGGUUUCUAUGAUGAUGCCGAGCCCAUCGUGAGUCGGUCAUUUUAUCGAUCCAACUCGCAUAAAUACACGCACCAGAGAUCGCGCAGUUGUGACAACGAGAUUCUUCGCAACGAGGAUUUCUCCCUGUCUCUGCCUCAACCAAGAAGUUCAUACACUCCCCUCCAACAAGGCGACUCAACUCAAAGACGCAUUUCGCCUGUUGAAUAUGUUGCAUUCUUACAGGACCUGAUCAAAAUGAAGGUAUUGAAGCAGAGCAGUUGUGAUAGGCAGGGCAUUUUUGAUAACGGCGUCGUUGAGGUGUUAACUGGCAAAGCCAACUCGAUAAUCGAUGGGAGUGGUGGAUCGCACGCAUCGACGUAG